CACUCUAGCAGCCAGGGAAAGAAAAUAAAAAAGGAAAGCGGAGACAAGCAGUGUCUGUCUUGGUCUUGGCCCAAGUCGCCGCGAAGUCGUAGUGUCACUGCGACGCCGUAGUGGCUUCCAUCGCGAAACCCUAAAGAGACCAUUCUUGACCAGAUCCGACCUCUCUCUCUCUCUCUCUCGAGAGGCUGUUUCACCUGGGCUGGAUGGACCAGUACGAGAAAGUUGAGAAGAUUGGCGAAGGGACCUAUGGUGUGGUCUAUAAGGGUCGUGACCUUUCGACCAAUGAGACUAUAGCUUUAAAGAAGAUUCGCUUGGAGCAGGAAGAUGAGGGAGUACCAAGCACCGCAAUACGAGAAAUCUCCCUCUUGAAAGAAAUGCAGCAUGUGAACAUUGUCAAGUUACAGGACGUGGUGCAUAGUGAGAAGCGCUUGUAUCUGGUUUUCGAGUACCUUGACUUGGAUCUGAAGAAGCACAUGGAUUCAUCUCCAGACUUCGGAAAGGAUCUACGUCAAGUGAAAAUGUUCCUUCAUCAAAUUCUCCGUGGCAUUGCUUAUUGCCAUUCCCAUAGAGUUCUUCAUCGAGAUCUGAAACCUCAGAAUUUGCUAUUAGAUCGCAGCGCCAAUGUACUAAAGCUUGCAGACUUUGGACUGGCCAGAGCAUUUGGUAUUCCUGUCAGGACAUUUACACAUGAGGUGGUGACCCUGUGGUACAGAGCUCCAGAAAUAUUGCUUGGAUCCCGCCAUUACUCUACCCCUGUUGAUGUUUGGUCGGUGGGUUGCAUAUUUGCCGAGAUGGUUAACCAACGGCCACUAUUUCCUGGGGACUCUGAAAUUGAUGAACUGUUUAGGAUUUUCAGAGUCUUGGGCACCCCAAACGAGGAUACAUGGCCUGGAGUGACUUCUUUGCCUGAUUAUAAAUCUGCUUUUCCCAAAUGGCCUUCUAAGGAUCUGGCAGCUGUAGUUCCAAAUCUUGAUUCAGCUGGAGUUGAUCUUCUUUCCAAAAUGCUUUGCUUGGACCCCAGCAGAAGAAUUACAGCCAGGAUUGCUCUUGAGCAUGAAUACUUCAAAGAUAUUGGAUUUGUACCCUGAUUCUCUGUAACCAUUCUCGUGGCAGAGAAGUGUCUAUAUUAAUGUGUAGCGUUCUAUUAUUGCUUUUGAUUGUGUGAGAAAUAUUUGUGCUUUCUUUCGCUGCGAUUUCUUCUUUUCACAUUUUCCUUGGAUUGAGUUUUAGAUUAAUUUGAUUUGGUUUUGGACGGAUACAUUGGAAUCAACUAGAGUCUGCUUCAUUUCUUCU